CGCCAGAUUAGAUUAGAUCUCCGAAGCCGCUGCACACAAUCGAACGACUUAUACGAAGUGUCGGUGGAGGCAUCAGGAAUUAUGGCUGCAUGAGUCAGUGCUAGAAGCCGGACCUAUGCACGAAAAAAAGCUCGGCGUCGCCUGAUGCUAAUGAACGCCACCGUUGGGCAUGCGGUCAAAGUUCUUAUUUCUUGAGCCGACUUCCUUCGGUCCGAUGACUGCGGUCGUGCAAGCAAAAACGCAUACUCACGAUGAGCAGCGCCAUGAGUUUGUCUAAAGAGACAAGGGAGUCGUUUGCUCCCGCCUCAACCAACAUGGCCGAGAUCACAACUCAGCCAUCAGAAGAACAUACCAAGCAUGAGCAGAACCCCCAGGCGGAUUCAGAGAGCCUCCAGGCUGGUGUCCAGAGAGCAGAGCAGUUGCGGAGGAUCUGGUCCAAGACAGGCUUGAUCAUCGCUUUCGUUGGUCUGUUCCUGGCCACUUUCGCCGUCAACUUUGCAGACUAUUCAACCCAGGUGUACACCGCAUACACAACGAGCGCCUUCAAGCAGCACUCGGCCAUGAGUGCUGCGCGUGUGGUCAUGAACAUCACCCGCAUUGCUUCAUAUCCGAUCAUUGCUAAGCUGGGCGAUGUGUUUGGUCGAGCUGAGAUGUUCAUCCUCUCAAUCUUCGCCCAGGUACUCGGCUAUGUCAUUUAUGCAUGCUGCAAGAACAUCUCACAGUAUAUGGCCGCCGGAAUCUUCGAAGCCAUCGGUUCAACAGGUUAUGCCCUUACCCAGCAAGUGUUCGUCGCCGACGUAACGAAUCUGCUCAAUCGGGGUAUCUGGUCGACACUUCCCGACUCCCUGACAACUAUCCCGACACUAUACCUGGGCACGAUCGUUGCGCAAGACAUCCUCGACCACUCCACAUGGCGCUGGGGAUGGGGUAUGUGGGCAAUCGUGCUGCCCGUUGCUGCAGCACCCUUGGUCGGAAGCAUGGUGCUUUACCAGCACCGUGCCCCUCGUCGUGUCCGCAUAAGUUCAGCUUUGGGGUGGAAGGCCGAGGAUCCCUGGUGGCGUCGGGUCUAUGAUCUCCUAUGGAUUCAACUAGAUCUGCCCGGCGCCGUGCUACUUCUAUUGGGACUGUCGCUGUUUUUGAUCCCACUGUCCCUGACUGGCUCGGGCAACAGUGGUGCCUGGCGACACAACGGCUCUUUCAUUGCUAUGCUUGUCAUGGGUGUGGUGUUUGUAAUUGCCUUCCUGGCGUGGGAUGCGUGGUUCGCGAAGAAGCCAUUUGUCCCAUACCGAAUGAUCCGCAACCGCACCGUGGCUGCUGCUUGCCUGCUAGGCGCCUUGGACUUUUUCCACUACUCCGUCUUCACCGUUUUCUUCACCAGCUACCUGCAAGUAGCUGGACAUUUUGAGGCUGGAAAUGCCACACGGAUUGACAACUCCCUGCGAGUAGCUUUCCAAGUGGCAGGGAUCUUCGCCUCGCUCUUCAUGAAAUACACCCGUCGCUCGCAAAUUUGGGUUCUUGGAGGUGUUCCGCUCUGCGUGCUCGGUAUGGGUAUUGUUCUUUACCUCGUGGAUAUGGGCAAUGGCAAAACAGGAAGCGAGGCAGCCUUCAUCACGGCCAAAUCGCUGAUUGGAAUUGGGCGUGGCUUCUACCAGACCGCAGCUCAGGUCUCCGUCCAGGCCGUCGUGUCCAGACAGGAAGUCUCCGUCGUGACGGCGGUAUUCUUUGCUUCCAUGAGCGUAGGAGGGGCCAUUGGAACUAGUGUGGCCGGCGCCAUCUGGCGAAGCACUCUCCCCAAGAAGCUAGAGCGAUACCUUCCCGAUGCGCUCAAAUCCCAGGCGCACACCAUCUUCAGUUCUAUUGUUGUGGCGAAGAAGUAUCAACCUGGCACGGCUGCUCGUGAUGCUAUUGACCGGAGCUAUCGGGAGUCCCAGCGCCUUUUGGCGAUUGCUGCUCUGGCAGCUCUAGCUCCGAUGCUGAUUGUGAUGUUCUUCCUGCGCAAUGUACAUCUCGAUGCGCAAGAUGAGGAGGGAGGAGCUACUACUGAGACUCCUGUCGAAAAGGGACACGAAGACAUCCAGGCGGGGAAGAGUGCUAGGGCAACUUCGACUCCUGCCGGUGCUGAGAAUAGCUAUCGAGCCGAAGAGUAGUCGAAGUGCUAAACAGGUUACAUCAGCUGCGAGAAAGCAACAUGGCUUUCCAAAACGUCAGACUGGCAUCUCUUGAGAUGGUGGUGCAUCAGAUAUCCGGAAGGUGAUCGACUAGAUGACGGAACUUUUCUUCUAAUGAUAGGCUUUGAGCGAGAGAUAUCGAGAGAUUUCGAGAGAUUUCGAUCUAGGAUUUAAUUAUGGCUUUGGUGGAAGUAUAGAGCGUUUUCUCAAGUCACAGAUCUGUAAAGAUGCCUCGAAAUAUAUUCCCGUACUUGCCAACGAUAUUGGUCAGGGAAAGGCGUUUUUGUUGACUGAGAAAGUCAGAUCACGGGGAUUGAGUUAUGUCUGAGUAUGGUGAUAUGAGACUUAUCGAGAAAAGGCAGAUUUGGGCACAGGUUGGAGGUGUUC